CCUUUGUCCUUAGCCCGUUAAAAAAAAAAAAAGAGGUGGGCUCUUUUCUUCUUUGGGAGAAAGUAACCCCAUCAAACAGUCCUACUUACUUACAAUGGGUUCACACCUACAGGAAUGGAUUCAGUUUGAGAACACGCUUUUCUGGGGUACAUGGAGUUCCAAACCAUCACAAUGUCUUUUUUUUUCUUUUUUCUUUUUUUUUAAAUUCAAUUUUAUUGAGAUAUAUUUACAUACCAUGCAGUCAUACAAAGCAUACAUUCAAUUGUUCACAGUACCAUUAUAUAGUCACCACGACAUCUUAAGCUAACAACCUAGUUUGACUAAUAGCAACUUAGUUUCAACAGUAUGCAAACACUUUCUACAUUUGCCUAUUAACAAAGGAGAAAAAAAGCAGUUACAAACCAAAAGUACAAUAAUACAGGAUUUUAUGUUUACCCAUGUAGUUAACAUUGCCAAUAUUCUUUAUUUCUUCUUAUGUUUUAAAGUUACUGUCUAGUAUCCUUUUAUUUCAGCCUGAAAGACCCCCUUUAACAUUUCGUGUAGGGGUCAGAGGCAAGGCGGUGGCCAUGCAGGCGGCAGCAGGUGCAGGUGACCUGGGUGGCCGCGACGGCGCGGGCUCGGUGGGCUCCGAGGUCAGUCGUGCAGGCACCGCACACCCAGGGUCAGGUGGAGACGCCACGUCCGCGGUUACCAGGCCGAAAAGCCCAGUACACAAAUCCUCCCUCCGUGUCCCUUUCCUGUCUCCGAGGGAGGUGGAGAUCACCUGCGGCUUCUUGGCCCCAGAUGCCAAGCCCCACGGAGGGGCGAUUCAGAAGGAGCUCACAGUGGCCGGGAACGCGCUGGCUGGCCAGUGGACUGCUGAGGACCCUCGCCACCUCCGAAUUUCCAUCCGGAACUUUCUCACCCAGCUUUUCCUGGUGGUGCAGACCAUGCAGCGAUUCCGGCCCCUUGUUUCCUGCGAAGCCCAUGCCAAAGGGGCCUGAGGCCUGACCUCGUGCCCUCUCCUGUGCAGUGCCCCCUUCCCUAGAGCAUUGAUGCCUGGAGUAGCUGCCACCUUCUUACUGGAGCCUAAUUUUUUUGCUGCACUGGCCCUUGGAUGCUGGGGGCCCACUUAUUUGGUGCUUAAAUGUUUUUUACUGCAGAAAAUAAAAACGAGU